AUGGAAAUAGACCGUAUUGAACACAACGCAGGCAUUAAACGACCGUCGAAGACAACUGGAAGUCAGACACUUGAUGUACUGUCAAGUAUGGUGAAAAGGCGUGACGCAGACGAGUAUGUGGUGGAAAUGAAGCCUCGCGAAGUUAUGGAAUCUGUGUCAUCUACUGUAUGUUCUGCGGAGUUGUUUAGUCCGAAACACCCGAUUGGUUUGUCCGUGUCUUAUGCGAAAUGUGAGACACCACCUCCACCACCACCGUCAUCACCACCAGUCACCUCAAUGACGAAGAUGCACAUUACGACCACUGGAAUCACCAAGGCUACGGAGUGUGUUCCAAUAUCAUCUGGAAGCCAGACUCGUGAAGUGGCAGAAGAUGUAGCGAAGGCGCACAUCGAUGACUUUGUUUGGGUGCAGAUGAAGCCUCGCGUAAUUUGUGGGAAGUCAGUGGCUACACAGUGUGUGUAUGCUCGAAUGUCUAGUGUUUUGUUGUCACAAGCCAAUUUAUCUGAAAUUGACAAUGUCGGAUUGCUGGAACUACAUUCAUCAUGUCUCAAUAAAAGGAGCGGAAGUGUUAUUCGGUUGGAUACAGGAAUAAUGACUGCUAGGCAGAUUCAUUCAUUCACCUCUAGGCCGUUGGUCGAUUCUGAAAUUACUGAUGAUUUCGACAUCUCUGAGAUUGAGUCACCAUUGGAAAAUCCCAGUGAAUAUCGUGUUUUAAUGUUGGAGAAAUCAACGAGGAAUGUUGUGCAACAUGCAGUUGGUACUAUGGAGGAUCCUGGCUUUUCUGUUCCACCUAAAACUACACCUCGAUUAGAGUUGCUUGAUGCCUCUUCGCACUAUAUCUACAAUUAUAAACAGCUGAAAUUAAAGGAACUUCAGUGCCUAUCUGCAGACCAGGUGGCCAAUGAGGGAAUAGGCAUCCAAAAGGAGAAUUUGAGGCCUUGUACCACCACUAGUGAAACUGGAGGGGACCUCUACACCUCAACAAUUUCCAGAAGUGACCAAGUCUUAGAAAUGGCGGAUCAGGACCCCCAAGAAUCAAUACCAGAGGGGCCACCACUUCAAGCCUUGUCGGCGGAAUCAGCCUUCCAAUCGGCUAUUGAAGGACAGCAGAAAUCAUCAAGAACUUCCGCAGCAAUCAUUCAGGAGAGCAGUCAAGGACCAGCUGAGGUCUCUGGGGUUUCUGUGGGAGUAAUGUCUCCAAUGAAUGUAAGAAGCACUCAAACUAGGAGCGCAAUCAACUUUGACUCUGAAGACUAUUUGGCUUUGUUUAGACCCCGCGUACCAGCGAUACGCUCCUAUGCCGAAGAAGGUAUUUUGACAUGUCCUGUUGUUGAUCUGUGCCUUUCUGACGGAGACGUGGAUCCACUUGAAGAAGGUAGGACGCCGGAACGUCCUUUAGUGUCAACCGAGCCUGAAGGGGAACAUCUGGCUCGGAAUGAAAAUUUGAGCGAGGCUUUUCGGGUAACUAAACACGAAGGUAUCUCCUCUUUUUCUCCAUCCUCUCGUGUGACGAAAUCCUUGAUCCAAGCAUCAUUAAUGCCGAUUUGGAAUGUGUCCGUGGGAACGUCAUCACACAGUAUUAAAAAUGGGCGUUUUUCAAGAGGUAUGUUAACGGGCUUCCUUUUUAAAGACACAUCCAAUGUAGCAACUGGACAUGAGCCUGAACAUCUUAAUUUGAUGCCGAUAGUUAAAACAGCUGGCACGAUGUUUGACACGAGUGAAUGCAGCCACAUUCAGAAAGUCGGAGAUUCGACUGACGAUGCCUUACUUUGGCCAGAGCACAAAAGUGGAAUGGAACCUGGAAUGUUUGAGCACAUGGAAGAUUUGGAUCAGUCAGAAUACGUGUCUGAGACAACCACGCCAACUGGUGUUGUUUCUUUGCGACAUCUUGUACGUGGAAUUCCACCGUCAGCUGGUGAAGACGCACCGACUUUCGACCAAUCGAAUCUUGACCAUGGGGAGGAAGAAGUGGGUUUACCAGGCUCGACACCUCGAGCAAGUCGCGGACUCAGCUUCCUAAGGUUGAGUUUGGCUGAAAUGGCCAGACCACAGGUUGCUACCGGUAGUCCGUCUGUAGUCGAAGAUAAAACGCCUGUAGAAACCACUGCCAUGUCAAAAAGGGAGCCAAAGAAGCUCGUUUCUCAGUUCAUUCAAACGAAAACCCCGGACAAACGAUCUACAGCCACGAUGACAUUUGGAGCGGCAGAGGGAGAUUCAAUGAGGGACCUGGUUCUUCGCUCUCUCCCUCUAAUAGACUCAACAGACUACGAAUCCCCUCUACGACCGCCCAGAACGCACUCUACGAGCCGUGUUGAUAGUAUGGUAACAGGAGAGCACGAUAUUGGGUGGAGAGAACAAGAAAUCGAUACCGGCCGACGCAUGAACGCUGAUGGGAAGAGUGGAACAAAAGGUUUCCUUGAAGAAUGCGUCACUACCCGGUCUGUUGAAUCAACCAAGAUUAAAACAUCGGAAACGCAAGAAAUCAUAGAAGAAAUAGAGGAGUUGGAACCAAUGUCACACGGUUAUGCUUUACCUCCUAAGCAGUCGUUCACAAAUCGUGGUCCGAUUUCUGAAUUCACUGUAAGAAGAAGGUCAUUUUCAGCGCCAGGAUACUUGUGUGUAGAAAAAGCACCUAGCAAGAAGCUUGAUCUGCAACAACUUGGCGAGAGUAGUGCAAUGUCAGGAGCGAUUGAAGACGAAGAAGCACCUACUCAAUCUUAUCCAGUUAUCAAGCUUUGCCGCAUUCAUACCGAACUGGUGAGUAAGUGUGUGUCAAGUGUUGCGCAAACUGCCAAAUUAAUCAGUGCUCCUGAUGAAAUGCCAGUAAGACCAUUUGAUGAUUCCGGCUAUAUUGCUUUGCUGCGACCUCCCGCAAGACUGGAUCACGUGAAUGAUCCUCCCAUCCAGUUCUUCAGUCCAACACGAACUUUUAUUCGACAUUAUCAACCUGAGAUGACAUUGAUUCGGCAUAAUCGAUCAAUUCAAGUGGGCAUUGGGGAUGUGGUUUCGAUUGAGGAGUUGCUACGAAAACAUCUUUCUGAAAUGCAUAGUGCUGAUCUGACCAGAUGCAUCAACAUGCUUGCAGAUGAAGUGGCUCGGCGUCCCACGGCACAGGCUAUGGUGGGCAGACAGUCAGUUGGACAAUCUUGCCAAAUUACUUUGCGCACAGAAACCGGAUACAGUGACAAUGCCAAAGCCAAGUUUCAAGAACACCGAGAAUUUGAGAAAAUACUGGUUCCUCUUCCACGGAGGCUAGGGCUAGAUCAGGCAAUCCAGACGGAUCGCAUGACUAUCGACUGCCUCUUUGAAAUGAUCCAUGAGUUCAGACAGGAGAGGUUAAUGUGGCGAAGGGACAAAACCCAGACCAACUUCGAGGAACAGGCCGCCGCAAGACCAGGAUUAGGGGCACCCUACGUGCUUCGAAAAGGCCUCAGUGGGAUAGGGCUUCCAGUUCAUUUGGAGACUUUCCGUCUUCGUGCUCGCCUCCUUGAAUACGAGCUAUGUGAUGAUUUCCAGCGACUGCUCACACCAAGCUGGCAAAGCAUGAUUGAGGUCCUCAACCACAAAACUGGCGUUUUCACUCCUUUGCCCAUUGCACUUUACCGUAAAUGGAUAAGCCUCGACAAGGGCCAACCCAGGUAUGUGGAUCCAGAAAGCGGAAUGACUUUGCGACUGGUAGAAGCCUUCUCUCGUGGAUGCAUUCGCCUGGCUUCUCUACCACGUAUUCUAGAUACCUGUGGUCCAUUGAUUUUCAUAAUCCGCGAAUCCCAUGGCUGGUAUGAGGUGGGUGGUUGUGGAUACGUCAGUCCUCUCUCCGGAACGAAGAUGACCUUCGAGGAGGCAUGGCGUGUCGGUCUGAUUCACGAGGACUGCAGUGGCUCCACCAUCACCGUGUGGGACGACCUCAUGUCGACGUGGAUUCCCGCUGAAGAGGCCGUUGCAAAGAAGAUCUUGCUCAUCUCACCGAAGAAGAACUUCAAGCCUUAUCAAGUUCGACGAAAGGUUUAUCGUGUCUCGGCAAUUAGACCAGGGGGUCCGCUUGGUCAGUGGCUGAAUCCACUGGAGGCCCUCACCUACGGAAUGUUUAACUGGCAGAAGGGCGAAGUCGCUGAGACCUGGCUAGCGCGACCGCAGAUUACGCGUCCGACGUUAAGCAGAGCAACUUAUCUUCCACCAGCUCAGGAAUUUACGCCACUCAGUUGGCAAAGUUUCUAUGAGGCCUGGAAUAGUGGUCGGGUUAGGCUAACACCAGAACCCACCCCUACCAUGUUCUCGGUGACUGACUUCGACAAUAGAAGAGUGAUUAAGGCUUCCAUGAACCUCGUAGUUAACGCCUUUGAGCGUCAGCCAAAACCCGUGACUGAUUCCCGGUCUACGCAUCAAACCGCAGUGGGUGGGAGUAGGCGAUUUUACCGCACAACUUCAUACCACUAUACGUACCAGGAAAUUGACUUCUCAUAA